GUUCGCCGCCAGUCCCGGGCGGGGCGCGGGGGCACCAGCCGCCCAUGUCGGCCAUUCUCGGCGGCGGUGCGGUCUCGCAGGAGGACAUGCAGGCGGAGGCGCAGCUGACGCAGGGGAUGUUGACGCAGCUGCCGCAGCCCUUGCAGAAGCAGAUCGAGCAGGCGGUGAACGAGUACCGCCAGCAGCUGACGGACCAGGGCAUGACGGCCGAGCAGCUGCAGAUGUUUGUGUGGAGGUACUACACCCAGGUCGUGAAGCAGCUGUACCAGAAGCACCAGUCGGCGCCGCCCGCGCCAGACACUGGCGCGGAGCAGGACGACCAGGCACCCGGGGCGCCGCAGCUCGGCCAGUGGGCGCAGAUGCAGCAGGUCCAGCAGAUGCAGAUGCAGCAGCGGCAGCAGCAGCAGCAGCAGCAGCAGCAGCAGCAGCAGCAGCAGCUGCAGAUGCAGCAGGGCCUGCUGCGGCCGCGGCUGGCAGCGCAGGGCCUCGGCAUGCGGCCCGGCCUUGGCCCCGCCCCUGGCAUCAUCAGACCCACUCGCAGCCCGAUGCUGGCGGGGUUCGGGGGCGGCGACGAGGCCACGGGCUCUGGGGCGGCUGGCAGCGGUGCCGGCGCGGAUGCGGGGGAGCAGGACUCCUCGAUGCAGGGCUCCUCGUUCGCCGGCAUGCACGCGGUGACGGGCACGUCCGUCAAGGCCGGUGGCGCCAUGCCUCAGGCGUGGAGCCAGCAGAAAGGGGAGAUGUGGACCCAGCAGAAGGGCGAGGGGUGGAAUCAUCAGAAGGGCGCCCUCGGGCCCAACGGCAUGGUGCGAUUCCCGCUGAAGGGCUGCGGCAAGGGGGCGAUGGGCUCUCAGGCUGGAUGGGGCGACGGGUUCUCAGGCAAGGGGGCGAUGGGAGCUCAGCUGCAGCAGGGCCAGAAGGGUGGCAUGGGGAUGACCGGGCCAGGCAUGAUGAUGGGCGCCAUGUCGGGCUGCAAAGGCCCUGGAGGCAUGGCAGGCUGUAAGGGUGGCAUGAUGGGCUGCAAGGGUGGCAUGGCGGGCUGCAAGGGCGGCGCGGUGGGCUGCAAGGGUGGCAUGGCUGGCAAGGCGGGCGGCAUGGCCAGCAAGGGCCCAGCCAAAGCCGCCGGGCCUCAGUUCCCUCCUGCGCUGCAGAAGUGGCUGCAGCGUCUGUUCGAGAGCCAGAAGGGUCAGUCUGGGGAGACGGACCCGGAGCUGCACAAGCUGAUGCAUCAGUACUUGAAGCACUGGGUGCAGCAGUGGGUGAAGUCUGGGGAGCUGUGGAACAAGAAUUGGGAGGUCGCCGCCCUGCCCACCGCCGACGAGAUCCGCGCCAACCUCGCGCCUGGCACGCUCAGCGGCCAGGGCUGGGCCAUGACCCAGCCGACGUCCAAGGCCAAGGGCGGCUCCCCGCCGCGAGGCUUCAGCGGCGGCCUGGGCGGCGGGGACGGCGACCGGCGCCGCUCGGGCCGCGGCCGCAGGAGCCGCUCGCGCUCCCGCAGCCGCUCGGGCCGGCGGCGGAGCCGCUCGCGCGAGCGCCGGAAGCGGCGCAGUAGCUCGUCGCGGUCGUGCAGGCGGCGCGGCAGCCGCUCGCGGACCUCCUCCCCGUCGCCGGGGCCCGCGCAGGGCUGGGGCAAGGGCAAGGGCAAGGAUGGCAAGGAGGGCAAGGGCAAGAGCGAGCGAGAGCGCGCGCGGCAGUUCGUGGACCAGCGCCUGUCGGUGCAGGACUACCGCGGCAACACGCAAGAGCUGGCGAGCGAGCUCCAGCGCGUCUGCAACGUCAGCGGCAAGAGGUUCCGCACCCUCUUCAACCAGACGCUGAACCAGUACGCCCAGGCCUUCUACAGCGCGGGAGGGGGCGGCGGCCCGCGGGGAGCCGCGCAGCUGAAGGCUGGCCCCCUCUCGCAGGACGAGCAGGACAUGAGGGCAGCCAGAGCCGACCGGUUCAAGUCGCACCUGGAGGUAGAGAAGGCCGCCGUGGCCAUGGUCAGCUUCAACGACGGCGACAGCGCCAUGGUCCACGGUGGGCCCAUCACCGGCGAGCUCGACGAGAUGUGCUCGCGCCACGAGGCGAAGGAGCGCGAGAUGACCCGCCAGCUGGACAAGUUCGAGUGGAAACAGGGCACCGACCCGAAGCACCCAGAGGUCAACCUCGUGCUCGCCACUCGCAAGUACCAGCGCAGCUCUGCCGACAAGGCGUACAAGAGCUCGGAAACGAGAACGCUUGCCGCUCUCUGGAGAACGAUGCAGUUCCUGAUGACACAGAUCCUGGACUUCGACAUCAAGCCCAAGCCGCAGUUCGCCGUCCAGAGAGUGCCCUACAUCCAGUGCUACUCGUACCUCCGCGACCGCACCCGUGCCAUACGCGUGGAGCUGCACCUCCAGCAGCCGCGAAGUACGACGCAGCGGACAUUCCUCGAGUCGCACGAGUGUUGCCUCCGUUUCGAGCUGCUCACUAUCUACCUGCUGACGAGGGAGAGCGGUGGUGUCUCGGGCGACACCACUGAGAAGUACGACCCGAAGCUUGGGCUCAAGGCCAUCUCGCAGACGAUAGAGCCCCUGCUGAACGCCUACCAGGCGGUGAAGGCGAAGCUGCUGACGAAGAGCAUUCUUGCCGAGGCCAUGGGCGGAUUUGGCUUAGACGAGGGCGAUGGCGAAGAGCAGGAGCAUUGCUCAUCGUACGAGAUGGCGAUGCACAGGUAUAUCAUCCUACUGCUCAUGUCUUUUUCCCCAGAGGGGAUCGGGGCCCACUUGGCCAAGCUAGACAGAGAGGUGAUUAUCCAUCCGCUCAUCAGCUUCGCCACGCAGGCUUAUGCCGCCUUCCAGACAGAAGACUUCGGAAGGUUCUUGCAUUUCUACCGCGAGGCGGAUUUCCUCACGGCGGUAGCCAUGAGCGGCAUAGCCGACCUCGCGCGGCUCAGGGCGCUCUUUCUACUGUUCCGCACCUACCCGCAGCCCAUCGGGGACAAGGUGCCCCUCUCCAGACUAAAGACGAUCCUCGCCUGCAGCACGGACGCGCACCUGCGGCAGUUCUUGACCCACCACGGGGCCGCCAUAGAGCAGGGCGCCUCGGGGCCCUACAUGGUACUCCCGAAGAAGGGCACUCCGCAGGCGCUGAGUCACCCGAUGCUGUCGGGGCCGAACAAGCUGCCCGAGAAGUGCGACUUCCCCAAAGGGCGAGACUCGCUGCUGGACGCCAAGUUCGCCGCCCUCGGCAUGUCCCGAGCCGACCUCGUCUUCGGGAGAGCCGACCCCGUGGUGGAGGUGCCGGCAGUGGAGCCCGAGCUGCUGGCGGAGGUGCAGGCUGCGCCCGCGGCGGCCGAGCCGCCUCCGGGCGAGCCGGCCGCCGCGGACGGUGCCGACAUCGCCAUGCAGCCGCCCGCCGCUGGCCCCGCCGCAGGUGGUGCGCAGGAGGCUGCCGCCAGCGGGGCCGGUUAG